AUGUCAGAGCCUAACACUACACAGGAUACGAUUCUCAUUCCACCAAAUCUUUAUUAUAAAGUCGUUCGAUAUAUUUUGGAUCCAACAAAAUCCAACUCUCCAUCAAAGCAAGAUCGAGCCCAUACUUCGUUAGCUACCGAGUCGAAAAUUCUCUCUGAAGCAUCUGAUCAAAGGGUGGCAGAAAAAGCGUUGUUGUUACAUAAAUUAUUAAAG